AGGCAAAAAGAAAAAGAAAAAGGAGAGCUGCAACCUGCAGUCGGCCGGUGCUCGCCACCUCUCGCAGCUCCUCUCCCUCCCCCAGCGCAGGCUGUCGCACGCGGAUCUCUCGGGCGGCGCGGGCAAGGCGCGGCGGCGGCUCUCGGAGCGGCGCCCCCGGGUGGGGCAUCGCAGGCGGCGGGGAGGGAGGCGGAGGCGGAGAUGAGCCGGGGGCGGUCGCCGGAGCCCUUGGAUUUCUUCAUCUGGACUGUGCAGGAUGUGGGUUUAUGGUUGGAGGAAAUAAAUCUUGGAAGCUAUCGCCAGUCAUUUGAAGAAAAUGGUGUGAAUGGAGAGUAUCUAGAAAGCCUGUCGAUGUUCACUACAGAGCAGAUUCUUCGAUUCAUAAGACGGUGUCAUAUGAAAUGGGGAGAUUUCAUUACACUCUGUAAAGAGUUGAGGCGCAUCAAAGUCGCCUGCCUGAAAGGGGAGCAAGAAGUCCGCCGCCCGUGGUGGGCACCGUCAUGCCUAUCCGCCGUGUUCGUGCGGGUGGCCAAGCGCAACCGGCAGUCCCGCGUCGUCUCCCUGAAGCUGGAAGCUUAGCAGGCUUGCCACUAGCCACCCCUGCAGCAGAUCCCCUGCCCGCCGGGGCGUUCCAGGGUGCCUCUCACUCUACCAUACAGCACUAGGUCUCGGUGGUCGUGGAACCUGUUCUUCGCCGGGAAUCGUAAUCGAGCUGGUCAGCGCUUGUUUCGUGAAUUUGCUUCUUUGCCUUAUAUAUACAUAGGGUUGUGGAUGGAUUAUUUUGGAGAUGGUAACAUGGUGUUGACGGAGAACAUGCGUUCGGACAUGCGGCUUUUGCGUGCUGUGCAGAUAGUUGCUCUUUGAAAGUGUUUGAAAGUAUAUUA